AUGUUCCGGACUGUUCCCCAGAUUCACACUCCUCAAUCUUCUCCGUCUCCUCCAACGGAUAACAUGCUCGCUCUGCCUCUAAACACAGCGGUGUCUACUGGCCCGAAUGAUCAAGCCAAGCCCAGGAAAAUGAGGGCUUCUUGCGAUGCUUGCUCUCGCGCGAAGGUCAAGUGCGACAAGGUCCGACCUACUUGCCAACGCUGUGGCAACAUGAGCAUCUGCUGCAAUUACUCUCCUUCGAUGAGGUUAGGCAAGCCGCGCAAGAACAGGAACCCUGAUGGCAGCAUUGCUCGCGACAUCUCCAGAGCUAGCUCAUGUGGCCCAUUUGGGGCCAGGCCCGAUAUUGCUCCACGAGCUGCUUCAUACACUGUGGAAAGCUCACCGGAGCCUAUGACUGAUCCGCUCUAUCUUCGCCCUUCGACGCCAAGCUUCCAUUUCCAAGACACCUUCGCAACGAAUAACUUCGAUGGCAAUCAAUCUCCUCCAUACUCAGAGGCCAGCUGGUCGAACGAGGAAACAAUGACGUUCCAAAAUCAGGCAGAAAUGAUGGUCUCCCUGCCUCAGUUUGCUCCUCUCUCGCCAUAUCGCGGCGCUGGACACACUCGCUCCACAAGCCUGCAAAGCCAACCAGAAUUUCUCGCCCCCAUGGACAACGGAUUGAUCUCGCCACCUAUGGCUAGCCCGCUUGUUUUCGGCCUGCAAGAUCAGCAAAGUCUUCCCAUGUUCGAGCCAGACGCUUUCUCCCUGUCCCCACCUUUGAUGGCGGCGCCGCUGCCCAGUCCAGCCUUUCCUGCUCCUGUUCAGAGUCAUGGUUGCACUCAAUUCGCGUUCCAGGUUUUGAACAGCCUUUAUUCGCCUCCGUCCUCUCAGACUUCCUUCGAUGACUUCAACGGCACUGAUGAUGGUCUUCCUACCCUUGACGCCGUUUUGUCAGCAAACAAGGCUGCAGUCGAGAGCCUCUCAGCUCUCCUGGGCUGCCCUUGCUCGGCAAACCCGCACUUUUCUACCACGAUUGCAUUCUCCAUUACUAAGAUCCUGUCUUGGUACCAAGCCAUUGCCGGCGUAGCUCAGGAUAUUGUCUCUCCUAUCAACACUCGCAUGGAGGCAUUCACACACACUCCCAUCCUCCUCGGGGAUUUCAAGCUCGAGAUCGAAGACGAAGAGACCUUCCGCACUCAGAUUAUCCUGGGCGAACUCCGGAAGGUUGAGAAGCUUAUCGACAUGUUUUCUGAGUGCUACUGCAGGGCUUCGAGCGACGGCAUUGACUGCAGCGUUUAUACUUCUUUGGAAGCUCUGCUCCGCACUCGCGUCCGUGACACUUUCCAGGUCACCAUGCGCACAGCACCGGCCGAUGUGAAGCGCCAGGUUGCCUCCCGUACGCAGAAUCGAGUGCGCGUCAAUACUUUGUAA